AUGGCGCUUUACGCAGCUAGAGUUUUAUCAGAGAUGGGCUGGGAGAAGCAUUACGCCCUCCCAGUGCUCAACGCUGAAAAUAAGGCUUUGAUAGAACAGAUUUGCUUGAAAAAGAGAGAUCUCUUGCAGCUGAAAAACAAAUUUGAGAGUAAUAAAGAAAGGGAGCAAUUAGGAAACGACUUCCUGAAAAAUGUUAAAAAGGAGCUGGAAAUCACAGAGGCUCUGUGCAGGGCCAAAGAUCGAGAAGCAGAGUCAGAGACACACCUCGCCGCCAUCGCAGAGAGGGAAACAGGUCGCCUGGUGCAGGAAAAUGCCAAGACGGAAAACAAUAUUCAAUAUAUGUCUGACAAGAAAGAUACCUUAGAGAAACAAAUCCUCAAGGAUAAACAAAAUCUGGAGCAGUUUCGGACUCAAAUGCAGUGGGACCAGAAGGGCAUGGAGGCCUUUUUGGAGGAGUCAACACAAAAAGAUGACGACAUGAUGGCCAUAAUUAAGUAUUCACAGCAAGAUGAGUUGAGAAUCAAGUCACUCACUUUGGCUAUUGAGAGGACCACAAUAGAGGGCAAUAAAAAACGCAAAGCGCUGGACAAGGAAAUGACGGAGACUCUAUCUGCACAGAUUGCUUUGGACAAGAUGACAGAGAAUUUGCAGCAGGCUCACAUGGAGACCGAGCAGAUCAUCCACCAGUGGGAAAACACCAUCCAACAGAUGAAGCAAAGAGAUGCUGACAUGCAUCAGUGUGCUCUGAAACUGUCCAAGACCAACCAGAUCAUCCGGGAAAGGAACGACACCUUAACAGAAAUGAGGAACCUCCAGGAGUCUCAGAUGGACGACAACAAGGAAAAAGAGAAGAAGAUAACAACAACCAAUGGACUGGCUUCAAGACUGCGACUGAACUUAAAGGAGCGGGAGAAGAACUACAUGGAAAUGCAAGAUGAGUUGAAAAGUUCCAGAGCCCUACUGGACAGAACAAUGUCCAAUGUGCAGUCAAUGAGGUCCCACAUCUGCAGGCAUAAGGAAGACAUCCAGAACAACGAAGUCAGACUGAAUCAGACCAAAGCCCAAAAUGAGGCUCUUGAGCAGAAGCUAAAAGCUGUGAUACAAAACGCCCUGAGUGAGAAGGAGCGAGCUGCACAGAUGGAGAAUUACCUCAAGGAAGAGGAGCAAGUCAUCAAGGAGCUGGACUCGCAGCUCCGUGAGCGCAGCAAGGAGUUUGUGCGUUGCAAACAGCACGUGUUGGACUCCAAGAAGCAGGAGAAGAAUUUGAUUGCCCAAAUAGUGAGGAGCAGAUCUACGGUCAACACGUUGGAGGUGGAGAUGAGGAAACAGGAGGAGUACUUGGUCAAACAGAUGAUGAUCAUGAAUGAGAAGGACUCCCUGUUGAUCAUUUUGGACAAAAAGCUGGCACGAAUUCAAGGUGUUGUCGGGGACUCUGACGAGAAGAUAGAGAUGGAGAUAAAGAUCACGGAGCUCAAACAAGCGCUGGAGGAGAGGAAGAAGGCGUCCGUCAAGAUGAUCAGCAAAAUCAAGGAGUCUGAGGAGGACAUUCGCUACUUGAGGAAAGAGAGGGAGGAUUCUGCCGCUCAGAAGGAGGAGCUGUACCACAAAGUCAUAGAGCUGAAGCUGAUCAACAGUAACAUAGAACGAGAGAUGAAGAUACUCGGGUUCAAGAACCAGGAGCACAUUGUGGAGCAAAACAUCUCCAAGCUAGAGGUGAAGCGCAAAAGGGAUCUUCUGUUCAACAAGGCCAACAGCGUGGUGUCGUUGGAGAAAAGACAACUGAACGUGAAAAAAGCCAUCCAAGAGAGGCAAGAGGAGAUCAGAGUCUACAUCCAAAUGCUGGGCCAGCAGCUGAGGACCACCGAGCAGGAGAGACUGGGAAUCAGUGUGGAACUGAACACAAAGUUGUCCAAAGUCCACGCCUCUAAGAAACAUUACGAGGUUGUGACUUUUUCCAUGGCGACGUUUGAAGAGGACGAUGAGGAUGCUGUGAGGUCUCAAGCUCACUAUAUCGCCAAGGCUGCGCUAGAGAAAGCAGAACUCAAGCAGCAGGGGGAGUGUCUAAAUGCCAAAAUUCGCAGAGCUGAGCAGGAGAAUAAAGCUCUGGAGAACACAACCCUGUUGUUCAACAUCAGCAACACUGGAUUCCACACAUCGGUCAUGAAGUCGAAAGAAGCCACUCCAGAUUAUAAGGAGAAGUUCCAUCUUGAAGAGCAGCUUCGUGUGGCCGAGGAGACGCUGCAAUCCAAAAAACAACAAGUUGAAAAGCUUCAUGAGGAACUACAGGAAUUGAACCAUUCGUUGAAGAAUCAACUAGAAGCCAGGCAGGAAUUGGAGAAGGAAGUGAGGCGACUGAUGGACUUUAACGCCUCUCUGAGUGACAUGCUGGUUGCUGCCACCAGGUUUAAGCCUCAGCUCAAAUCAGUGCUGCAGCAACUCUUUCAGCAGGCCAAUGUGCCUUUUCCAUCUGCCACACUCGUCAUCCGAAGAUCGAACUUGGCCAGCAACUCCGCCUCUCUCAGGUAUCCUGUCAUGUCGCCCAGCUCCCCAAAGUCUCCUGAGGAACAGGAGGCCCCGCGAAAGACCGUGAUUUUGGACCUGGAUCUAGCCUGACUGGUUUUACCCUUCUUGUUGCCUUUGGAGCUUUACUAGUGAACCAUGGUUUGUAAUGAGGACAUCAGUGUUUGUGUUAAUAUUGUUGUACUUCCGUGGCCUGGUGGACUUGCACAUGUAUUGAAAAUGGUUAUUACAAAAGAAGAUAUACAUGCUGUACGCUUAGCUUUUUCACCAAGUAAAUACAUAAAAAUUGUAGCGCAGAAAAAAUUAUGAUAUGGACCUAAACUCAUAUCCCGAUAUAGUUUGUCCCAUAAACUAACUUAUAAAUGGAAAUAUCUGUUGACAUAACUAAAUAUUUCCACUAUGUCACGAUUUAAAAAUGUCGGUACUGAUGGGGAUCCCAAAUACACAAAAACAGGUACCAACACGUAAGAAAAAUAGGUUUUGCAGAAUAUGUUCGGCACUAAAGAGGUGUUUUGAGAUAAGAAUUUUGUUUUUAAAAAGUCAAAUAUAAUCUCCAAUCUUCUUUUAAAAACAUUUAGCUGUGCUCAGUUAUUUAGCUAACAAAAACACCAAAUAACAAAAUUUGAAAUAAAGUGCCCUGGUUUAAGAGGACAUGUUUAAAUGUCAAAUAAUUUAUCUUUAACAAUAAACGUUAUUAUAGGACGUACACACAAAUAAUUUAGCCAGGAACACCAACCUGCUAACUGCUUCAUGAUGUUGUGUGACAGGCUGUGUUAUGAAAAAUACUUCUAAAAAGUCAUAUUGUGGUAUACUGUAUUUUUCGGACUUUAAGGCGCACUUAAAAUCCUUUCAUUUUCUCAAAAAUUCGACAGUGCGCCUAACAUGCGGAAUAAUUCUGAUUGUGCUUACCGACCUCGAAGCUAUUUUAUUUGGUACAUGGUGUAAUGAUAAGUGUGACCAGUAGAUGGCAGUCACACAUAAGAGAUACGUGUAGACUGCAAUAUGACUCAAGUAAAACAACACCAAAACUUAAAAUGUUCCAUUGAAAAUAAAGAACAUUACACACGGCACUCAAAAAUCUGUCAAAAUGUUUUAGUACGACUUUGGUAAGCAAUCCGCUUAAUGGAUUGUACUGUGCUUCAACAUACAUGUACUAUUAUGGUGUGUGUAUAAGGUAAGAUAUAUUAUCUGGUGUCUUGUUUCACAAUAUUAUGCAAAAGCAACUUUUCUUACCUUCUGGUACCUGCUGAUGUGUAUUUGAGAUCUGCAUAAGUCAUGAAAAUUUGUGCACAUCCGCCAUUGUAGUUCGUGCCGACACUGUAGCCAAUAAGCUUCUUCUUUUUCUCUAUUAUCUUGUUAUGGGACAUCCAUUCUCCGCUGUUGCCAUUUCUAAUAUAAAGUAGUGUAAAGUUCUAACUUAUAUCUCGCUUUGGAAGCGCUAAAAACUACCAGUGUAGGGAGUUUACGUAAUUCACCCACGGAACUUUAGUUAUUAGAGAGUUCCGGUCGGACGGUUUUUCACGGGCCACAUUUCCGGCGUUGUUGUUGCACUACUGAGCCACGGAUGAGAAGAAGCUGCUCCGUUGUUGAUUUAAAGGCCUACUGAAAGCCACUACUACCGCCCACGCAGUCUGAUAGUUUAUAUAUCAAUGAUGAAAUCUUAACAUUGCAACACAUGCCAAUACGGCCGGGUUAACUUAUAAAGUGCAAUUUUAAAUUUCCAGCUAAACUUCCGGUUGAAAACGUCUAUGUAUGAUGACGUAUGUGCGUGACGUCAAUCGUUGAAACGGAAGUAUUCGGACACAUUGUAUCCAAUACAAAAAGCUCGGUUUUCAUCGCAAAAUUGGUGUUGGUGAAUCUUUUGCAAUUUGUUUAAUGAACAAUGAAGACUGCAAAGAAGAAAGCUUUAGGUGGGAUCGGUGUAUUAGCGGAUGGUUGCAGCAACACAACCAGGAGGACUUUGACUUAUCCGACGCUAGCCGCCGACCGCAUGGAUGAUCGGGUGAAGUCCUUCGUCGCUCCGUCGAUUACUGGAACGCAGGUGAGCAC